AGGACAUGUAGUAGAUUACCGACCACAUGCAGGCGGAUUAGGGGUUGGUCGCCAGUGCGUAUGCUACUACAUCUUUUAAUCGAGCGAAAGGACUCCCUUAGCAGGGGACACAAACAAGCCGAUGUUGCGGGAACACAACGUUUGCAUAAACUGAUACGAUGGAUUUCAAUGUCAAAAAGCUCGCUUCGGACGCAGGGGUGUUCUUUACUCGUGCAGUCCAGUUCACUGAGGAGAAACUGGGUCAAGCAGAGAAGACUGAGCUGGAUGCCCACCUGGAGAACCUGCUGGCUCGAGCCGACUGCACCAAGAACUGGACUGAGAAGAUCUUCAGACAAACGGAAGUGCUGCUGCAACCCAACCCAAGUGCCCGAAUAGAGGAGUUCUUCUAUGAGAAGCUGGAUAAGAAGCUCCCCUGCCGGACUACAAAUGGGGAGCUACUGGGCCAGCACAUGCUGGACGCGGCCAGGGACUUCGGCCCCGGCACACCCUACGGCAGCACUCUGGUCACGGUCGGAGAGUACCAGAAGAGACUUGGAGGAGCAGAGCGGGAGUUCCUUCAGACUUCAGCCGUCAACUUCCUGACACCUCUCCGCAACUUCCUGGAGGGAGACUGGAGAACCAUCUCAAAAGAGAGGCGUCUCCUUGAGAACCGUCGUCUGGACCUGGACAUCUGUAAAGCACGUCUAAAGAAAGCCAAACAAGCAGAGGCCAAAGCUGCGGUAAGCCUUCCUGCCGCCCCAGACUUUCAGGAAACCAGGCCUCGAAACUACGUCCUGUCUGCCAGCGCCUCCGCGCUAAACAAUGGAUGGGAGAGCUGGGAUUUCUCAGAUACCGCUGUGUCUGAGGAGAGAAAGCUCUGGAGUGAGGAAGUGGACAAAGCGGAGCAGGAGCUGCGUGUCGCCCAGACUGAGUUUGACAGACAAGCGGAGGUGACCCGCCUCCUGCUGGAGGGUAUCAGCAGCACACACGUGAACCACCUGCGCUGCCUGCAUGAGUUUGUGGAGGCUCAGGCCACCUUCUACGCUCAGUGUCACCAGGCCAUGCAGGAGCUGCAGACGGAGCUGCGCAGUGCUAAUGGAGAUACAUUUCCGAACGCGUUCUCGGCGAACCCUUCCUCCUGCCCCUCUCCCGUGACCCCGGAGCUGCGGGCCCCGACGCCCGGCGCUCUGCAGGAGGAGCAGCGGCCUGCCACCGGCGCACGCAAGGCCAGGGUCCUCUACGACUACGAUGGCCACGAUGCCUACGAGCUAUCUCUGCUGGCCGAUGAGCUCAUCACCGUGUACACUGUGCCAGGCAUGGAUCCUGAUUGGCUGAUGGGAGAGAGAGGCAACCAGAAAGGAAAAGUACCCGUGACAUACCUGGAGCUGUUGAGCUAGGUCCUUACACACACACACACACCUGGAGCUCCCUAGCUAGGUCCUCACUCACAACACACACACUCACAACACACACCUGGAGCUCCCUAGCUAGGUCCUCACUCACAACACAACACACACACAAACACUUACGUACUGUUCAGUGUAAACGCUACACAAGCACAUACCUUUACAAAGUCCUACAGACAUACUCUGUGUUCCCAAACAUGUACAGAGAGGCAAAUACACGUGUGUACCAUCAUGUUUAGAAUGAUACAUCAGUAAAUAGUCUAGUUAUGCAAGUGAACUGAGAGUAGAGUUCCCUGUAAAGCUGUACCCUGUUUGACAGAUAGAGUAGCUGUGUGAACAUAGCUGAAUAAUCAUUUUAAUACAAUUAUAAUGCAAUGGUGAAAUGGGUUCUAACAACUUACACCUCUAUCAACAAGGUCUCUUCUGACGUUUAUGAACAUUUAUUUAGAAUUAAAGCAAUACAUAUUUAUGUAUUUCGAUUCCUCAGUUUUCCCAGGCAGUCUUCAGUUUACCAUGCUGUUUGCAUAUAUUGAUGGUUGUAACAAAAACAAUUAUUACAAGAUAUUUCCGAUUCAGGCACUCUUAACACUAUUUUUGUUUGAAAUUAUGCCAGAGGAUUAAAAGUCUGAACACAUCUUGUGGGUUAACAGUGUUUGUCAGAUUUAAAGUCUAAAUAAUUUGUGUGUGUUAUCAGGUCACAAUGGUUAGGUUUUGAACAUUCUAGAUGUCAUCAAUCAAGUGUACUGUAAGUAAUUAAGUAGUUCAGACGUGUUGAUUCUAUUUGUCUCUGAUUCACCCUCUUGCCCUUCAAUAUGGAUUCCUGAAUUCAAGGAAAGUGGACAUCACUUGCAUCAUGUUUAACUCAUUUAUUUACAGUCAAUGUUUGGACAGUUUAAUUCUCUAAAUACUCUGGUCAGGGUGUGUCCAGAAAGACCUGUCUCCAUUUUUGUUAGUUUAUAGUUUAGAAAUUUGUGUUUCCUCAUUUGCAUAUGAUGUUUUAUUGAAUACUAAAACAACCCUGUCUGACAAAGCCACAAUGCAACACAGUCCUUUCAGAUCUGCAAAAGAGUCAAAUGUAAUGGAUCAAUUAUGUUUGUGUGUGUGUUAAUGUCUUUGUGUACAUAUAUACCUCAAUAUCUGCACCCUUUUGUUUAUGUUUAAAUGUUGUUAUUGUAUGAAUGAAACCUUAAACAAAUAAAAAUCCUGUUGAAACUGACAUUCAUGAUGUUUGCACUGAAAUGGAGCAUGUAAAUAUAAUCUGAGC